GUUUCUCGUUGUGUUCUCAUUUAUCUUCACAAAAGUCAACAGUCAAACUCCAAAAGUCUCCUCUUGGUCAACUCUCUUCCUCGUCCUUUUAACUCCCACAAACCAAGAAAAUACCAUUACCUGAAGAACUCUCCGGCAACAAAUAGAAAUAAUGGAAACUUCCCGUUUUACCCUUCCCUUUCUUCUCAUCGCCCUCUCCUUCCUCCUCUCUCUCUCCGCCCAAAUGACAGGAAACUUCAAAUGCGGCGAACCCGGUGACUCACCCUCCACGUGUCGUUCUCUCGUUGGUUACUCAAGCAAGAACGCCACAACGUUAGGCAAUAUCCAAACCCUCUUCGCUGUCAAGAAGCUCCGUUCGAUCCUCGAAGCCAACAACCUCCCACUCUCCACCACACGCGCUCAGCGCGUGAUCCCGAACCAGGUCGUUCGCAUCCCGAUCCCUUGCUCUUGCUCCAACGGAACCGGCGUCUCGAACCGGGUUCCGGUUUACACAGUCAAGAAAGACGACACGCUCUUCUUCAUCGCGUCUGAGAUUUUCGGAGCGUUGGUUCUGUAUCCUAAGAUCAGUGAGAUGAACGCAAUCCCCGACGCUAACGAAAUCAAUGUCGGUCAAAAGCUUUGGAUCCCUUUGCCAUGUAGCUGUGAUAAAUUGGACGGUCGAGAUGUUGUUCACUACGCACACGUGGUCAAAUCUGGAAGCUCCCUCGGUGAGAUCGCAGCUCAGUUUGGAACGGACAACACGACGCUUGCUCGGCUCAAUGGGAUCUCCGGCGAUGCUCAGCUCCUCGCUGAUAACCCUCUAGACGUCCCUCUUAGAGCUUGUAGCUCUUCUGUGAGGAACGACUCUUUGGACGCUAAUAUGCUUCUGCCUAACAGUUCAUACGCCAUCACUGCAAACAAUUGCAUCAGGUGCUCUUGUGCCGCUUCAAACAAUUGGACAUUAAGCUGUGAAGCCUCUCAGCUUAAGCCUUCGAACUGGCCAACUUGCCCGACUUCACGAUGCGAAGGAGCAGAGAGUUUGUUUAUAGGUAACACGACCAGUACCUCUUGCGGGCCUCUUUCUUGUGCCUAUGCUGGUUACUCCAACCAGACCAUCUUCACAACUCUUUCUCCAGAUUCCUGUCCAGAUUCUGGUGGUCCUGGACCUCCUGGUAACUAUGCUUCAACGUUCAGCUCAAGCUUCAGUUUUGUGAUGGUGUUGAUUCAGUUUGCUCUGCUCUGUCUUUGUCUUCUCUAGUAAUGUUAUGAUGUUGUCUUUUUAUGAGUGUGAAUCUAAGUACAGUUCUGAUUAAAA